AUGGAGCAGGCUCUGGCUAGAAUUACCACAGUCUCCUUCAAUCAGACCGUUGAUCUGGAAGGCAGUAUUUCGGUGAUUGCUUGUCCGAGCGGCUACUCGAUAGGAUCAUCCAACUGGGUUUUCAAGACUGAGUAUGAGCGGGUAGGAUAUCUUGCAUCUUCAUCGAUUCGUUCAACACACGCGCGUCCAGUUGAGUGGGAGAAGCUACAAGAUGCUGAUGCGCUUAUUAUGACAUCAUUGAGUAGAACUCCAGAUUUCAGCUCUGAGGGUGCAAUAAUCGAAGUAGCUCAAACUGUCAUGGACACGUUGAAAAGGGGUGGCAAUGUGUUGAUGCCUGUGAAUCCUGUUGGUUCCAUCUAUGACUUGAUUGAUGUUGUUUCUAGGAGUAUAGAUAAUGCGGGUGGUGCUACGUUGGAAGCUCGGAUAUAUUUCAUUUCUCCAGUCGCAAAAGGAGCUUUGGCCUACUCGAAUGUCAACGCUGAAUGGCUCGCUGAAUCACGCCAAAACGCUGUGUAUGUUCCGGAGGAACCAUUUUGUCAUACCGCGGUUCGUUUGACAGUCUCGUUGAACACUUGUGUUGCUCCUCGAUCUGAAUCGUUUUGCGAAUAUAAUGUGUUGGUGCGCAAUGGAAGACUUAAACUAUACGACAACAUCUACGAGUCGUUCUGCAGAGAGUAUAAAACUCCUUGUGUGGUACUAACUGGUCAUCCUUCUCUUCGCAUAGGUGAUGCGCCACAUUUGUUGGAAAUGUGGGGUAAUGAUUCAAAGAAUGCUUUGAUAAUGACUGGUUAG